AUCAGCCGAAUUAUUGGACUUUCAUGGCCGCAAGAAAAUAACAGGAUUAUAUUGUUUGCACGCAAUAAUCAGAUUCGAUGUGGUCGACACAAAUGAUGACAGAAAACAAAAUCAGCUUGAUACGUGGAAUGACACACGCAAAGUCCUUCCACCACCAUAAAAUCCUCGUGCAGGGCGCAUGGAGGGCGUGUGGAGAGCGUGUGGAGUGAUUUCAACAGAUAAAAAUGGCACUCCAUCUGAGCAACGAUGAAAAUCUGGUGGAAAAAAUUCUGAAUCUGUACGAAAAAAUUUCAGCUUUAGAAAGCUUGAAACCCUCCAAAAAUGUCGACGCCCUGUUUUCGCAGCUCGUUAGCCUCUGUACUCAGCCAAGCUCCGUCGAUGUCCGUUACUUGACGGUCAACCAGGCGGAGAUUCGAAACCACCUCAUUCGCCUCUGCGGCGAAGCCGAAAAGCACCUGGAAUUCCACUUCUCGGCCAAGCUGGGCCGCUUUUCGUCUCCGUUGGACCGCCUGGCGGUUUUCCCUUACUACUCCAAUUACUUGAAGCUCGCACGUCUCGAGUUCGAAACCCUGCGGAAGCACAUUACUGUGGCGAAAAAGGUCGCCUUUGUAGGCUCAGGGCCGCUGCCUUUGACCUCGAUUGUGCUUGCGCUGCACCACAUGAAAUCCGCGCGCUUCGAUAAUUACGAUUUUGAUGGCGCCGCAAACGCCAUGGCUCGCCGUCUCGUGGCUUCAAACCCUGAUUUGUCCGCCAGGAUGGGGUUUUACAGCUGCGAGAUCGAGGAGGUCGCGGGUUCGAAGCUCGCGGAGUAUGAUGUGGUGGUUUUGGCGGCCCUGGUGGGAAUGGACAGAGACGAUAAGGUACGUGUGGUGAAGUAUUUACAGCAGACUAUGGCGCCCGGGGCCGUGCUGCUUGUCAGGAGCGCUCAUGGAGCACGAGCUUUUCUUUAUCCCGUGGUUGAAGAGGAGGAUCUCCAUGGCUUUCAUGUCUUGUCUGUGGUGCAUCCUGCUGAUGAGGUGGUCAAUUCUGUCAUUGUAGCUCGAAAAUUGAUUGAAUGCUAAAUACUAACCCUCUCUGUUUGUUAGGGUAAUUGCAGUGUGCUGGAUAUUGAUAAAAAAUAGUGUUGAAUCUCUGUGGCUACAACAACGUCAUUUCAUUAUGUGAUGAUCGAUGUAUAGAUUUAUAAAUUGUAAGAAGUUGAAGAUUUUAGGAGCUUUUAAAAAGAAGACAGUCUGAUCCAUUUAAAUUGAAAGUUGAAAUACAUCC